CGGAAAAUUUCCACUAGUACUUUUUUCGAAGAACUAUAUACACGCAGCACACACAAGCACGGAAUCAGCGUAUAGCACACUCAUACAGACACGAGGCUAAAGAGAAAAGAGAGUUCGAGCUGCGUAGUGCGUAUAUUGCUUACUGACUGACUGUACAGUACACUGUUGUACGUUUUGCCCUCGCGCUAAGUGAACGUUCAAGCCGUCAAGAUUUUACGAAAAAAGAAGCAUGAGUCUUCAUUCUAAUCUAAUAUUAAGUAGUUGUGAAUCUAGUAAAAAGGACGAAAUCAUGCCAAGUUUGAUAUCGAGUAACUGUGAAAUGAGCAGCAAGUGUGUUGACGAAUGUUUGGAAGAAGGCGCUAGAGCCCUCCAGCACUACUGUAUAACGCUGGGUGUGGGGCCUCUGUGGUGGUCCGAUGUGCCCCAUGCCGCAUUGUCUGUUUCUACAGUCAACACAGAGAGCCGCGGCGUGGGGAUCAAGCAGAGUCAGCUCUCUGUGAGCUCCCACAUUGUGUCAGAGGAUGAAUUAUUGAAAGCAUUGAAAACCAACGAGUCACUACGCUUGACCUUCAAUCUCCAGCUAACCGAGAGCACGUCGGUGGAAUGGGAAACGGUUGUAUGGCGCGGCACCUUAUACAUCCGCGUACCCAGCUGUUUGUUGCCUGAGGGCUCGAAGGAGGGCUUCGUCUCCUUGCUCGAGUACGCCGAGGAGACGUUGCACUGCACCAACAUCGUGGUCUGCCUGCGCAAAGAACGUAGCGAUCGAGCCAUGCUGGUGCGCACUUUCAUGUUCUUGGGCUUUUCCGUAUUGCCACCCGACCAUCCGCUCGUACCACCCGGCAGCGACGCGGGCAAUCUCUACAUGCUCUAUGCCAUUGAGUAAUCGCUCAGACAGGCUCUCGGCCCUCUUUAAUUUAACGCACAUAGGUUUUAUUCACGCUCCUCCAAAAUAUCUGACAAACACGCUUAUCUUUGUCGUGAAUUUACUGUUACAUUGAAGAUAAAAAGGAACAAAUCACCAAACAUUACACCGAGUAGGUAAACUGCUGCAGUCUCUCAUUAAAAUGACGAUACUGUUAAGCAAUAAAUCACUUUUUUUCGAGCUUGCCUUUCAGUAACACAAAUUUUAACACGUUCUGCAAACGUUUUCUUAUUUUGAUUUUGAGUUUUUUCCGCGGUCAAAGUUUAUUGAAAAUAAUAAAACUCUAAGCGUUAAAUUAAAGAGUAAAGUUUUAAAGCAGGUAGUCGCUUAAAAAUGUAGAUCGUGUAAAAUCAGCUUCUCAGAAGAUCGAUUCAUUCUCUUGAACACAAUGUUAAGAUUUAUCUGAUAAGAUAUAAAGUGCUCACAAAAGCUUAUCCCACGUAUUUCAAAGAGGUUCAGUAAUUUCUGUUUCGUCAACAACAUCAGGCGAAUUGAAAUCCUGAAUUACUAAGAAAAUUUAUUAUCGACAAGUCUCUAUGUUAAUUGUGUGGCAGAUUGGGCAUGGCCGGUGAUAGGAUAUUGUUAGAUACAAAUUUCAUUUUUGUUUAAUAUGCGUAAAUAUUAUAAUAAUUAACAUUAUAUUGAAGGAUUUACAUUGAAAAAAGACCGUUGGAACAGCCACUACAAUACUGUAAAAGUAAUGUUAGUUUUUAGCGAAUUUACGUUAUAUAUAAUCUCUUGUAAGGAUUUGAAGGAAAGUGCGAGCUUUAUGACUUUACAAUUUAUUACCAAGUGUGCAAUCUAUGAUUCUUUGGACCUGCUAAAGUGGCUGUGCUGUACUUAAAACUGGUUACUGACGUCACUUUAACCAUUUCUAUCACCGACUUGUUUUUUUAUAACGUUUACGGUACCUCGUUUUCAUACCACAUGUUUAUUAUUCAGUUGUCAUUUCAAAUGGACUUUAGACACAUAUUCGUUUUCAGUAAUCAGUUGAAAAAGUGUACCAAGUAUUAUGUAUUUUUUUAAGAUAUACAAAAGGCAGCACUUGAACAACUUCAACAACUUACAAUGAUUGUAACAAAAAGUUUGUUCUAGCAAACUUUAUUUCCAAUGUUGUAAAAAAACAGUUACGUUAUGAUCAAGUUUCGUUCACUACUUUAAUUUCGCUAUUAUAUUGCUGUCAAUAUUAUAUUGUAACACUUACAUAUAAUGAUUAUAUACUUAUUUUAUUAUACUUUUGUUAUUGCUGCAAUGGCUUGCGUAUUAAGUAUUUAGGGUUAGGUUUUUUUGCUAAGUUUAUUAAUAACAAAUGAAUUGGAACAUCUAAUUGGUAGUACCCGAUCAAUUAACAUGAGAGAAUUUUUGCUAAUAAAUGCGCUCUUUAGUAUUGACAAGAUAAACAGACACCAAAAAAUUAAAAAAUAACAAAAAAAUACGUAAAAUGAAGAAAAUGAAAAAAAAAAUAUAAAAUGUUAGUAGUUGGUUAGGUGUAUAAGCGAUUCACAGGAGAAUUGGUAUAUUUAUUGUUCUGUAACACUGGUUUCGAGUACAUGGAAAGUGGCAGAAAAAUAGAUUAAAAAACAUCUGCUAGUUAAAGUCUCGUUCAAAUAUAUCAUUAAGUCACACAAUUGAACAUGAGAAAGAAUAACAAGAUAUGGAUAAGUAGAGGCACUGGCCACGACGAAGGGACAAUGGAUUGUUCUGUGUGUUAAUUUUAUAAAUAUUAUAUCAAUGCUGAUUACACUUGUCGAUUUAAUUAUAUUAACAUAUUUUUUAUUAAUAUUUCACACUUUAUAAUUUUUGAAACAAUUAUGAUUCAAGAAUGGAAAUACCACUACAUGCAGCGUGAAAAUCAGAUAAUUAUUGUAAUACCUGCGAUAAGUUUCAUUAAUUUUAAUUGUGUAUUGUAAGUUCAAUAAAUUGUACGUUACUAGAUUAAAUAAAAAG